AGCUAGUUAAUCAAUUUGACUGAACAAAGUCCAACUGCAGCAGUGCUAUUAAGUUUUCUUGGGUUAAUUAGUUUGAUCAACAUCAUCUAGAAGAUAGGACAAUGCAUGUAGGCUGGAUACUUUAAUCUCAUACAUAUAAUCAUUACCCAGGGGAGAGGCGAUGGAUUAGCUGUUAGUGAAAUGAAUCCUAUAUGAGAUACAUGAAUAAUUAGACUUAGAACAAUUAAACCCUUUGAACACAUGCAGAAAACCCAAAAGACAAGAGACUUUGUCAACAUACAAUCAUUCAUCAAGAUGCACAGAGGAAGGAAGCAGACAAAACUUGGCCAGAGCUUACACGCAUAACAAACGAAAACCAAACAAAAAACUAGAUCUAUACCACAACUUCUCAGUGACCUAAUGAGAAACGACCUAAUCCAAGGCUCUUGGCUAUUUCAUUCCGUCGAUAUGUAAAGAGAAAGAACCCUAAACCUUAAUUUCGCCCCCAAUUAACAACCCUUAUUUCAUCCACCAGGAGGUCGUUUCAGUUAAUAGAAGAAGAAUAUGAAUGGGAAGGACCCAGGAUGAAAAUGGUCGCACAACUCGACAAAAAGAAGCCAGGAUAUGGAAACAAACCUGAAAUCUGUAGAGGAAGCAGACCAGCACCUCCUUUGUCCCUCCCCCGCCUGUUGGUUGCUUUCCUUCCGCUAAAUCAUUCCGCCUGUUGGAUAAAUAUUUAAAUUUAAAGGCACAAUUUACUUUCGAUAUACUUGCUGUUGCUGGGUCGAGAGUCGAGACCCAAUUUGAAUAUUACAAAUAAGGGACGAGAGACUCUGACAAACAAAAUAAGACAACAAGAGAGAGAAAUCCCGAAACGCACUUCACCUCCUUUCUUUCUUUUUUUCUUACUCUGUUCCUCGCUCUCUGCUCCGCUGCUACUCGCCGCCGUUUCCUUUCCGGUCACCGCAGAAACUGAGAAGCCCUAGUUUAGACAGCCCUAGUAUGAAGCCCAAAUCGACGGCUGUGCGUUUGGACACCCCUGAAAAUACCCUGCCGGAGUCUUCUUUGAAGGGUGUGAUCCGGCGGGCAAAGGCAGUCAGCGGGCUAAAGAUGGAAUAUUUUUACAGUCAGGGAAGCAAUAUAAGAAGGGUCAUGGUUCAGAUGGAUGAAGUUUCGGAAUUCUUGAAAGAAGCUUUAAUCUUUCUCCCUCAAGAUAACCGGGAGAACUUGCUCCCUUGUUUCUCAGAAUUGGAUUUUGCGUUAAAGGAAGUGCUCUACCUUGUCAGUGAGUGCUCCAGGAAGGAGGCAGGAGCAUGGAUGCUCCUAAAAUCAAAAUUUGUAGCAAGUUCGUUUGAGAAUCUUGUCCUUGCUAUUGGGAAGCAAAUUGAAAACCCUCUUGCCGCAUCUGACUUUGCCCGAAGGUGUGAGGGAGCAUUGCAAAAACAUUGCUGAGGGAGCCUGCACUAGAAGGUUUACAGUAGAAGAACAGGACAAGAAAGCAUUCCAGCAUCUGGAACAUAUUUCCUGUAGUUUAGAGAGUGGAAAGGAACCUUGCAAAAAUGAUGUGAAUUACGUUCUUGAGCAUCUAAUGAUUGAUACCUGGAGUGACUGCCAUGAGCAGUGUUUGCACCUGGAGAAUAAAAGCGCAGAGUGUAUGGGCAGAACGGAAACAAAAGAAUUGCUUGAUCUGCUGGCCUUUCUCAAGUACUGUAGGGUCGUGUAUUUCCCACAAAUCAAUGUGGACAUAGAAGUAUCCCAGGACAAGCUGUGAAGAAUCCGCCAUACCCUGUGUGAUUUGUCCAAUCACGCUGAGCAUUAUGUCCGAUCCAGUUAUCUUGAUGUGCUCUGGACACACGUAUGAUCGUUCUGCAAUUGAGAGGUGGAUUCUAGAUGGGAAUGACUCUUGUCCCCUCACUAGAAUCCCAAUUGGAGACAUGGGUAUGGUGCCGAACAUGGAGAUCCGACGUAUAAUUGAAACAGAAUACCCGGUGCCAAAAAGGCCCGACGAGUCAAAAUUGGGAGGUCACUGCACCAGGUCAGCUGUGACGGUGAGGAAGAUUCUGUCAUCUUUUCUAGUGGGACAACUGUGUUCACCAAACGUGGAGAGCGUAGCCAAGGGAGCCUACGAGGUUCAAUUGAUCGCCAGAUGGAAUAUCAAUGACAGGGCAGCCUUAGUGGAAGAUGGAGUUUUGGAACCCCUCUCUCGAAUUUUAGAUGGCGCAUCAAGCCCCGGUCUGCAGGAGAUUGCCAUUAGUGCACUUCCAAUCCUUUCAAAGGAUCUCCACGGGGCAAGAAGAAUACUGGCAGGUGGGAUUAGAUCCAUUGUCGAAGUCCUGAACGGUGCCACCACGCUCUUUGCCAAACGUAUGGCAGCGGACACAAUAAUUCAGCUGGGCUCGCAUGAUGAAAUUAUAAAAGCAGAGGACGCCCUACCAGGACUAAUAAGGUUACUUGAAACUGGGGCAAUAACUGAGGCAGCGGGGGCAAUCUUAGCCAUACAGCGAAGGAAGCUCCGCUUGUGCCCUGGGUUGUUAGGCGUUGUUCCCGUCUUCAUUGAUAUGAUCAGAUCCGGGGAGGAAGGUGUCAACACGAAAUGUGGGCUGGAGCUCCUUAGCCAUCUAUGCGAGACACCGGAAGGGGCACCCGUACUUUGUAGGAGCGAUGAAAUUACAGCUAUUCUGAUACGGCUUGUGAAGACCAUAAAGGACAGGAAGAUGAAGAAUAUCUGCCUCCUAACAUUGCUGAGCAUUUGCGAAACCAGAGAAGAGUAUGUGGAUGAAGGUGAUAGUGAAAGGUUUGCAGUCCAUCGCUUAAUUUUGGACGAUCAGGAGCUUGUCCAUCUACUGGAUUCUAUGGCGGCUGACGAGACAAGUUAUGCCGACAGACUCAUACAGACCGUCAAACGGUCCUUGGACCCGUCAUGUGAUUGAGAUAGGAUUAAUAUUCUUUUGUAUAGGUUAUGGUGACCCAUAACACAAUGUGAUUGAUAGGGUUCAUAUUCUUUUGUAUAGGUUGUUGUUAGCAGUGAGUUGUAUGAAAUACUGGUUCUGCUGGACUGGUUCCAUCUCUUACCUACAGUUAGUUCUACUACUAAGACUAAUACCUAGGGCAUUCUUAAUAAUGCUUCAAGAGCCUCUUGCAAGUUGCAAGAGGGUCACAACUGAUACAGCCAGCUUACUACGCAAUAACAACAAGUUCAAUGUAUUCUGCUUCCAAUCAUGUAUAGUCCAUAGAAUUCUCAUAUCCUCGUGCGAAAAGGAUAUUUGUUGCAGGCUUGCCGCAUGUUUUAAGAUUCAAGGAAAAACCAAAGAUACAUAGUAGUCAUAGGAUUCAGAAUAUUAAGAUGUAGAAGCUAACUCAUCCUAAUUAAUUGAAAAUUAUAUGUCUUUUUCUCUUCCUUUUGAUUCUACCUUAUGUUUUAAUAAAAUGGUGCGCAAUUAUACAAAUGAAAACUUAACAAAGCAAGGAAGGCAAUGCAAGGGAAGGUCUGUUCAAAAACAAAGGGGAAUGAUCCCUGACCACCCAACUAAGAGCAAAAUACAAACAGAACAUAAAAGCAACACAAAAGACAGAAACACAUGUUCAUCAAAAAAUAAAAAGGACAGAAACACAAGAGUGUACUUACAGCGCUUAAGAAUGAUUCGUACGCUUCUUCCACCAGGUACGCCAGGGUUGUCCCACUGUCCACAAAAGUUCCACGACCAGUUGACGUAGCGAAGACUGCCGGAUCGACAGGCAACAGUUGUCCAUUCACCGCAAUACUUUGCAGAUAUAGAUUGUAGUGAGGCCUGCGAAUUUAUAGAAACGAAGUUGUGUUAGUGAUAGAAUUUCCCGGGCAAUUGAACAACAAUACCUUGCAGUAGAAUGGUAAAUGAUACACUACUCAAAUGAAAAUUGUUCAAUCAAAUAGAGAGGAAAAGUACUCACUGUGCUGGGACAAGUGGAGUGUAGACCAUCCCCAGCUCGGUUAUCUCUCCCAGAACAAAAGUACCACCCCCAAGGCCCUCUCCUUUUAAGCAAUGAGAGAAGACUGGCGGUAUUACUCCUCUGGACGCUAAUUGUGAGAUGGCUGAGAGAGGUCCUUGGCCAAGUCCAAAGAUCCCGUCAACAGUGAGGGCUGAGUCACUUAGCGUGCCCGACUGGUAGGUGCUUACAUUCUUUGUACACCGAUUUGGACAAGAUUUAUAGGGACAGGGGACCGCCUUGGCGGUGGAAGAUGCAGCAGCAUCGAAAAACCUAAGGCCAAUCUGCACAAAAUCAUAAGAAUAUGGGUGAAUAAUGAUUCCACAUACAGCAAAGAAAGUGAAGGCACUAAUCAUUGGAGUCAAAGCUUUUCGAAUUGAGCAUCUCAAGCUUUUCACAGCAAGCAAGUCAUGAUGACUUAGUCAUCUAUUGACAUGUAAUGAAGAUGGAUAGAUUCC